AUGGUGGCUGAGUACAGCCACAGCCACAGAGGCCCUGGGCAGGAUGAUGAGGAUGUGUCCACGGAGAGUGGACGGCAUCUCCAGAGCUACCAAGACCACAGACGGGCGGAUGGAGGAGAUGUCUUUGGGGAGGACGGCCACCAGCCCCAAGGCCACAGGAAUCCCAGCCACAAGGCUAGAGAUGGGAGUGUCUUCGAGGGACAUGCUGGGAAGGUCCACGGGCCCAGAGGCCACGGCCACGAAGGUGUGGAAGACUCGGCCGAGCAUGGGAAGCAUGUCCUGGGCCACAGGAGCCAUGGCCACGUGGACGAGGAGGAUGUUGUCUCCAGCGAGCGUCCCCAUCACGGACACGCACACCCAGGCCACAGACGGGAUGAAGGUGAUGAAGAACAGGUGGAGGAGGAUGUCUCCCCAGAGGACAGACAUGAGGCCCACAGGCACCCAGGCCACGACAAAGAACAUGACCACCAUCACACUCCCAGCCACAGGCACCGAGGCCACGAGGAAGAGGAUGACGAUGAUGAUGAAGACUCCAUUGAGAACGGGCAUCGGGCCCACAGCCACCGGGGCCAGGAGGAAGAGGAUGAGGACGAAGAGGAGGUUAUGUCUGAUCAGCACCAUCAUCAUGUCCCUGACCACGGACACCGAGGCUACGGAGAUGAGGAAGAUGAAGAAGAGGAUGUGUCCACCGCACAUUGGCAUCAGGUGCCCAAACAUGCCCACCACCAUGGCACUGGAGAUGAGAAGGAAGAGGAGGAGGAUAGGGAAGAGGUCACAGCCAAAUCUGGCCACCAUGUGACCAGCCAUCCACCCCAUAGCCAAGGGAGCCAGGAGGGGGAUGGCCCUGAUGAAGUCCCUGGCCACCACCACCACAGAGAGAAAGAUGUGGACACGUCAGGGGAGCUUGGCCACCAAGUGCCACAAGGCCACCUGCAUGACACUGAGCAUGAUCUCAGAGGAUCCCUCGAAGAGGAGAUUGGCCACCAGCCCCCAGAGCACUCCACGGGGAGGGACAGAAGUCAUGUGAGGAGGGGUGGCUCUGAGGAGGAAGAAGAGGAAGAGGAGGAGGAAGAGGAGCUGGAGGAGGAGCUCCCCUUCACCAUCAUCCCCAACCCCAUGGCUGGGAGGGAGGUGGCUGAAGGUGCACCCAGUGAGGAGAGUGGUGAGGACACAGGCCCACAGGAUACCGAGCAGGACAGCAACUACCAGCCAGGCUCCCUGUGCAGCUACUGCACCUUCUGUGACCGAUGUACUGAGUGUGAGAAGUGUCACUGUGACGAGGAGAACAUGGGCGAGCACUGUGACCAGUGUCAGCACUGCCAGUUCUGCUACCUCUGCCCGCUGGUCUGUGAAACCAUCUGCAAGCCAGGAAGCUACGUAGACUACUUCUCCUCGUCCCUGUACCAGGCCCUGGCUGACAUGCUGGAAGCUCCCGAGCCCUGAGCCAGACCCGCCACGCAGACGCAUCCCCGAAUCCCUGCAGCCCCCUCCCACGAGCCAUAUUUAUUGCUCUAAAUAAACAUGCUCCCUGAACCCUC